AGAUCUUCAUUCAUUCAUUCAGACAAACGAAUAACAUCGAUUGCUGAAAAGCAAGAGUUGGACAUAAGCAGAUUACACUUGUCUUUUCGUCAAGAGAUAGGUUUGAUCUGUUCUCAGCUGGUUUACACUUAAUAUUAUCUCCGGCAUCAAAUUAUAUUUUGAAUUCAUUUCUUCUGAUUUGAUCCAAUACAAGUCUCAACUUAUUCAACGAUAUAUGUCAAGAAUGAAUAAUAAUCAAGUACCAUUACAGCAACAACAACAACAACAACAGGCACCACCACUACAAUUACCUUUAGGUAGUGGUGGUGUUUAUGGGGGCAAUCAAUAUAAUUAUCAAAAUGGUUACCAAAAUGGAGACAAUCAAUACGGUUAUCGAAAUAGAAGCAACCGAUAUUUCUAUUCGAAUCAAAAUAGAAAUUAUAAUAAUCGUCCUCGUCGUCGAAAAAAUUCUUUCUUCAAUCGAAAUUUCAUGCAACAACAGCCUUACUUUAAUAAUGCUGAUUAUAACAAUGAUGGCAUGAUGAUCAGUAGACCAUUUUUACCAAACCGACGAUUUAAUCAAAAUCGACAGUAUAAUCGAAACAGGCAAUUUAAUCAAAAUCGACCAAGAAGUCGUUCAAACGGUUCCACUCCAAUUCCAAGAAGAAGUCGAUCUGGACAACGGUGCACUCCACGACCUCUACGAUUAAAUGAUUUUAUGCCAUCAGAAUUACGAGAUAAUUCACCAAAUGCACAAUAUCUUGCUUCAAAUUUCAACUUGGCUACUACGACUACAGAUGCUACACCUGCAGAUGCAUUACCACAACGUCAACGUUUUGCACUAACAGCAGCUAGUAGUACUGAUACUACUCAACCAUUUGCCAUCAGUAAUCAGGCAGAUGGUGCAAAUCAACAACAACAACAACGAACAAAUAAUGGUCAACGUCAAAGAACUACUACAGCAGCACACAGACGUCGUCAACGCCGUAAUCAUCAACAGCAAUAUCAGCAACAAAAUCAAGCAGAUGAUAAUCCAAAUCGAUUUGUUGCACUUGCUGAAGACGAUACCAGUAAUCAAAUAGAUACUGAAACGACUAUAAACGAUAGACCUGC